UAAUCCCUCGAUUUGUUUGGGAAAAGAAAAAAGACCCUAGCUAAGCCUCCUGUGAUCCUUCUUCAACAUGGGAGAUUACAACGAUGCCUUCAUGCGCAACCAAAACGCCGCCGCCGCCGUUCAGGCUCGCGUUAAACCCCCUCAGAACCGCGCCAAUAUUCAGCAGCUCAAGCUGAUUGGCCAAAGCCAUCCUACUGGUUUAACAGCUAACCUUUUGAAGCUCUUUGAACCACGACCUCCGUUGGAGUUUAAACCGCCUCCUGAGAAGAGAAAAUGCCCUCCGUAUACAGGAAUGGCACAAUUUGUGAGUCACUUUGCUGAGCCAGGAGAUCCUGAGUAUUCCCCGCCUGUUCAGGAAGCAGAAACACCUGCACAACGGAGAGCAAGAAUUCAUAAGUUGCGACUAGAGAAGGGCUUGGAGAAGGCUGCUGAGGAGCUGAAAAACUAUGAUCCAAAUAAUGACUCAAACGUUUCAGGUGAUCCAUACAAGACACUGUUUGUUGCUAGACUUAAUUAUGAGACAUCCGAGAGUAGAAUUAAAAGGGAGUUUGAGUCUUAUGGACCGAUUAAGCGGGUUCGGUUGGUUACUGAUAAAUCCACAAAUAAACCAAGAGGCUAUGCUUUCAUCGAGUACAUGCAUACUCGGGAUAUGAAAGCUGCUUAUAAACAAGCUGAUGGGAGGAAGAUUGACGGUAGAAGGGUUCUUGUGGAUGUUGAGCGCGGUAGGACAGUCCCUAAUUGGCGCCCUCGUAGGCUAGGUGGUGGACUUGGAACUACCAGGAUUGGUGGUGAAGAUGUUACUCAAAGGGAACAAAUCCAGUCAGGACCGUCUCGUUCUGAGGAGCCACGGAUUCGAGAGGAUCGACAUGGUGACCGGGACAGGGAGAAGUCCCGUGAAAGAGGAAGGGAACGGGAGAGGGAGCGUGAAAAAUCUCGUGAGCGCUCCCAUGACAGACCGAGAGAUCGCGAUAGGGAGGAUAGACACCACAGAGAUCGUGAAAGAACUAGAGACAGAGAUAGGGACAGAGAGAGAGAGCGCGGUGGUCGUGAUCGUGACCGAGCACGUGAACGAGGCCGGGAUCGUGGUCGUGAUUAUGAGCGCGAUAGAGAAAGAGACCGUGAGAGGGAGAGGGACAGGGACAGGGAUUAUGAUGCUGGUGACUAUGAACGUGACCGUGGGCGUUCUAGGGAUAGGGAUAGGGAAUCUGAUUAUGACCGUGUUGAGUCCAAACAUGAGAGAGAUCGGCACAGUGAGAGGGAUUAUGAUCAUGGUGAGCCAGAUGAGGAUCGUGGGUGGUAUGAACAGCAUGAUCAUGGGCAUAGGCGGUCAGACCUAGAUGACCAACACUAUGAAUACUAUGAUCAUCAUCGAGGUCGAGGAGAAUAUGAUCUGGAUGCUCAUGGGGAUCGUUAUGAUCAAUAUUCUGACCGUGACCGUGACCGUGAUCGUUAUGAUGGAAUGGAAGAAGAUGAUUACAGGUGAUUAUGGUCAUAAGACAAAUCAAGCUCGGCAAAUCGAGCAGCUACUUUCUCUGCCAGUGCUCCUGGUUUAGUUUAGAUCUCAAGGAAACUGUUUUCAAUCUGCUUUCUAUUUUGAUGUGGGUGGCUACUUCUGAGUUCAGUAGUGUUUUCUUUGGAGUUGGAACGCUAUAUGCUUGUUUUAUAUUUUUUGAAAAAGUUUUCUUAUGACUUUGCUUUAGUUUAAGCUCUAUGCUACUGAUCUAUUGUCUGCUUCCGUUUGGUUUAAGGUGCUUGAAUUUGGCAAUUUGUGUUUUA